ACACACACAGUCGCACAGAAAUCACAACAUCGACAGGAAUGGAGAGAAUCACACUGACGUCUCUUCUGUUCACAGCCGUGGUCAGUUUGUCUGCAGGCGCUUUGCGUCAGUAUCACUUUGUGAAUGAGAGCAAGAGUUGGACUGAAGCUCAGAAACACUGCAGAGAGAAAUACACAGAUCUGGCCACAAUCACCGACACACAAGAUCAGAGCGACGCAGAGCGGGUCAUAAAGAGUGUGAACCCUAACGCUGAACGUGUCUGGAUCGGGCUGAAGAAAACAUGGAUAUGGUCUCUGAAUGACCCCACCUUCUACACAGCAAACGAGUCCCAGUACAGGAACUGGUCAAACACUUCACCAGCACAACCACAAGGAGAUGGAGACUGUGUUUUUAUGAUGAAGUUUAAUGGACAAUGGCAUGAUGAAAAAUGUAAUGCUGAAAUGAAAUUCAUCUGCUAUAAUGCCAGCAGUAAAACAUUCGUCCCUGUAAGUGAGACAAAGAAUUGGACUGAAGCUCAGAGUUACUGUAGACACAAUUACACAGAUCUGGCCAGUGUGAGGAACCAGACUGAGAAUAUUAAGAUUCAGACAUUCGUACAAAACAACCCAAUUUCACCUGAUGAAGCCUGGAUCGGUCUGAGCAGACUCUGGGUUUGGUCAGAUAACAGCACCUCCACAUUCAAACACUGGUACACUGAUGAACCCAACAUCAACCAGAACAGAGAGGACGUCUGCACCGCGAUUGAUAUGACGACUGCACACCAAGGACGAUGGGUAGAUGAUAAAUGUACAGAUCUUUAUCCCUUUGUGUGUUAUGACGAUAAACUGGUUCUGAUCAGAGAGAAUCAGACGUGGACAGGAGCUCUGAAAUACUGCAGAGAUAAAGACAUGGACCUGGUGUCGGUGGACUCGCUGAAGAUCCAGCUUGGGUUGGAGAACGUGUCCUCGACGGCCUCUACCGCUCACGUGUGGCUGGGUCUCCGUCACUCCUGCGUGCUCGGCCUCUGGUUCUGGGUCAACGGUCAGACCCUGUGCUAUAAUAACUGGGCUCCGGGUCACGGCACCGGGGAGGAGGACUGCACUACGACAGUGAGAUCCGGAGCCAUUCAGACCCGCAACCAGCGCUGGAUCAGCCUUCCUGAAACUGAGAAAAACAACUUCAUCUGCACCAAGUGAGAGAGUGAGAGUCGAGUCACGGUUUAUGAAGAUUCAGUCAAGCCCUUUGCCGUAACAUCAUCUCCAUUUAAAGUCUAUAUAACCUUCACUUUUCAGAGAUCAGUUCAUGUGGUGACGGAUUCAAGCAUUUACUUAUUGUUUAUAUAUAUAAAUUUAGAACAUAUUAUUUUGUCCUCAACACUUACAUUUACUUUUGUGGACUUUUUUGCAAAAUGCAUCAAAAAUAAUUGCAAGUUUAAUCAUUAUGAUAAUAUAUGAUAUAUUAUAUCAUGCACUGAGAUUACUUACAAUCCAAGUUUCUGCAUCAUUAUGGAUUAUUUCCAACAAAUCUGAAAAGUGCACAGGUGAAAAUCUGAGAAAGUGCAAAAAUAAUAUUUAUCAUGUUUUUCACCCGUUCUGAAAUCAUAUUUUGCAUAAAGAAAACAUUUAAUCAGUCACAAUUAAGCACAUUUAAUCUUAAAUACUGUAAAGUGAAAAAUAUAAUUAUUGUAUAAUUGUUAUAUAUAACAAUAAUGCAAUAAAUACAAGUAUUGCAUUAUUGUUAUGCAAAAAUGCUGUAGAGUACCCUUUAACUUUACAAUGAAAAUCAAAGCGAUACCGUCAUUAAUGGUGACUUUCUUCUUUUGUGGGCUUGAUAUGUGCUGCAAACUUAAAAUUAUAGCAAAAAUAAUGAUAUAUUUUAAAUAAUUUUAAAUCAUCAUAUAUUUAAAUAUAAUAUUUCCACCCAUCCCAUGAUUCUCUUUCCAUCACUGCGUCCCAUAGUACGUGCCGAACGCUAACUAUGUAUUUGUCUCUUUAGGAAAUUGGUUGUGAUGUUCCUCUUUUAUAUAUAAUGUAAUCUGCUAAUAAAUGUAAAUAGAUAAAUGUAAUGAACUUAUAUUGAUUGAAAGACGUCAUGGAAUAUUUGUCCCUCUAAAGAGCAUCAGCAGAAGCGUUUAAAUCAACUGGGAAAGGUUAAAAUGUGAUUAAGAUAUUGUGCUUUUUGUUUUUUGACAAAUUAAAGGAGUCAUGACAUGACAAAUCAAAUUUACCUCGAUCUUUUGACAUAUAAGAGGACUUUGUACCAUUAAAAAUAUCCUGCAUUUGUUUAAUCAAGCUCCAAAAAUGGCCGGGUUUUGGACUUUAGUAGACUUUUCAACUCGGGCGGCAGACGCGAAUUCGCAUCAAACGCGUGAAUGCACAAAUAGCACUAAAUAAAUCAUUCGCGCGUAACGCGCCAGGCGCUCAAUUCGCGCGAGGCGUAUUCGCAUUUACCAUGCCGCGCUCUCCGCCCCAUUCGCGAUGCAGGAAUUUUUUAUGCGCUUAACGCGUCUUUGCAUUGACUUAACAUUGAAAUCACUCACGCCUGAUGCGCUAUUCGCGUCUGGUAUGAACGCACCAAUAAAAACAAGGAACAUUGUCUUUUUGUUUUGUUUCAAUCCCUGUCAUGGCCUCUUUAAAGGACCUACAAAUAUAUGCACUAUGACAAAAUGUAAUGUUUUUUAAUUUUAUAUAUACACAAAUACCAAAACAAGUGGCAUUUAUAAUAAAGAAAUGCAGCACAAACACACUCAACAAAAUGUUUGGAAUAUGAAACAACAGAAAUAACGUCUCGGAAAAUUUCUGGUUGGAAAACCUGAAGCAAUGUGUGACCUUGAGGAAAACUGACUUCACAGAUCCACUAAAAAUAAGGAUAAUAUCAUUCAGUGACUCAGAAAAGUGUCAGUUUUGCUCAAACAUCACUUGAGGACAGAUGCCACUUGUUUUGAAAGAAAUUUUAGACAUUUGUCUGAAUACUGUACUUCCUAUCUAUUUAUGAUUAUUUAUCAACUACCCAUUCAUUUGGGCUAUAUAACUACCAUUAUACUCAUCUGUACGUAAAUAUAUUUCUGAAAAUCAGUGCAGUUCUGUAGUGGUUUUUGUCUCAUAUAUUUAUAUAUUCCAUUGUUUUCUACCUAAAGUGAAGAUAAUAUAAGGUUGAGAUUCCUGAAAAUAACAUUAAGGGUGAUAAAACACAGGCUUCAGUUUCAUAUCUUUUUUUCUUUUGUCUUCUUUCCUGAAUAAAA